AUGUCUGCAAUCUUCAACUUCCAAAGCCUGCUGGUGGUCAUCCUGCUGCUGAUCUGCACCUGCACCUACAUUCGCUCGAUGACGGCGAUUCUCGACCGAAGGAAGACCGGCUUUCUGGGCACCUUCUGGAAGUGUGCUCGCAUCGGCGAGCGGAAGAGCCCCUGGGUGGCCGCCUGCUGCCUGGUCAUGGCGGUCGUCAUUCUCUUUUACUGA